CAUCCCCCAUCACUUACGAGUUUUCGUUGAACGCAACUCUGUCCCCCUCCCAUUCCUUAAUCUUUCCCUUGAACUCAAUUAUUCCACUCACGAAAAAAACAGACAUAAUGAAAUACGCUGCUUCCAUCCUCGUUGCUGCUGCGCUUGUCGCUGCUGCCCAUGCUGAGCAGCGUCAUAGUGCUCCACGAGACCUAAGUGACCUCGGUCUGUUCGAACGCGAGAUCCCCUUCGAUCUCGGUGACCUUUCUGCUCGGGACGACGCAGACCUUUACAGUCGAGACUUUUUCGAGACUGAGGUCUCGGAACGGGACGUUGAACUCUUGGAGCGGGAACCUAACUCCCCGCUUCGCCUUCUUCCUCCGAGCUGACGACAAGAGAGCUCGACAUUGAUGCAGAACUGUUCGAGAGGGACUUGGAUGAGCUCAUGGAGCGUGAUUUGCAGAAACGCAUCUCCCGCUUCUUCCGCAAGGAACACCCCAAAGCCGAUGACGCUGACCUCUCAGAGCGGGACCUUGCCGACGACUCUGACCUCCUCGAGCGCGACUUUGACGACUCGGACCUUCUUGAGCGCGACUUUGAUGACUCGGACCCUCUUGAGCGCGACUUUGAAGAGCUCGAAGCUCGUGAGAGUCUGUGGGAGAAGAUCCGUAACAUCUUCCCCGGUGGCAAGAAACGCAAGGACGAUAAGAAGAAGAAAGAGGAGGCAGAGAAGAAGAAGAAGGCUGCUGAGGCUCAAAAGAAGCCUACAACUAGCUUCCUAUCUAUGUCUUCAGAGUAAAUCUAACUGGAAAUUUGUUCUCAC